AAAAUGUGCCAACCACAAUGCUAGGAUUACAAUGGGAAGUGUCACACUUCGCUAUUUUUGCUAUGGCUGUCUCUUUACGUCCGUAACCUGGACAGUUCUGCUGUUUGUUUAUUUUAAUUUCAGCGAAGAGACCCAGUCUUUUAAAAAUGUGCCCAUCAAGGGGCUUGAACCCCAGAAGCCCCUCUCCAGAAGAUUCCAUCCCCAGCUUGUGAAUGGACCAGGACAAAUACAGGAAUCUAAGCCCAGAUAUGGCAAGAUCAGGAAUCCGUUGGGAAAUGCUGCUCAGGAUCUCCUCAAGAGCGAUACAGAGUUUUCCCCUGAAAUGGGUAUGAUUUUCAAUGAACAGGAUCAGGAAGUGAGAGAUUUGGGCUAUCAGAAGCAUGCUUUCAAUGUGCUCAUCAGCAACCGAUUGGGAUAUCACAGAGACGUGCCAGAUACGAGGGACAGAAAGUGUAAAGAAAAAAUAUAUCCUCAUGACCUGCCCUCUGCUAGUAUUAUAAUUUGCUUCUAUAAUGAAGCUUUCUCUGCCUUGCUUCGAACCGUUCACAGUGUUCUGGAUCGAACACCAUCACAUCUUCUCCAUGAAAUUAUUUUAGUGGACGAUAGAAGUGAAUUAGCUGAUUUAAAAGAAGACUUGGACAUAUAUUUAACAAAAGAUCUUCCAAAUAAGGUGAAACUAGUAAGAAAUGAAAAUCGCGAAGGGCUAAUUCGAGGGAGAAUGGUUGGAGCUUCUCAUGCUACAGGAAAAGUGCUUGUGUUUCUGGACAGCCAUUGUGAAGUGAAUGAGAUGUGGUUGCAGCCCUUGCUGACACCCAUCCAGGAAUCCCGCAGGACAGUUGUUUGUCCCGUGAUUGAUAUCAUCAGCGCAGACACCCUGACGUACAGCUCUUCUCCCGUUGUCCGCGGAGGGUUCAACUGGGGCCUUCACUUUAAGUGGGAUCUUGUUCCUUUGUCGGAGAUGGAAGGACCCGAACAAGCCACUGCUCCCAUCAAGUCUCCCACGAUGGCAGGAGGCUUAUUCGCGAUGGACAGAGAAUAUUUCAAUGCGCUUGGACAGUAUGACAGUGGCAUGGACAUCUGGGGAGGGGAAAAUCUGGAAAUAUCAUUUCGGAUUUGGAUGUGUGGAGGCAAACUUUUCAUCAUCCCUUGCUCCAGAGUUGGGCACAUCUUUCGCAAAAGGCGCCCUUAUGGGUCUCCAGGCGGGCAGGACACAAUGGCACACAAUUCUCUACGCCUCGCACAUGUGUGGAUGGAUGAAUACAAGGAACAAUAUUUUGCCUUACGUCCAGAGCUACGAACAAGGAACUAUGGAAAUAUUACUGACCGUGUGGAAUUAAGAAAAAAAUUAAACUGCAAAUCAUUUAAAUGGUAUUUAGACAAUGUGUAUCCAGAGAUGCAGAUCUCUGGGCCCAAUGCCAAGGUACAGCCUCCAAUCUUUUUCAAUAAAGGACAGAAAAGACCAAAAAUACUGCAACAAGGAAGGUUGCAUCACCUUCAAACUAAUAAAUGUCUGGUGGCGCAAAGCCACCCCAGUCAAAAAGGAGGACUUGUGGUGGUCAGAGAAUGUGACUACAGUAAUAAAAAUCAGGUAUGGAUGUAUAAUGAGGAUCAUGAAUUAAUCUUAAAUAACCUCCUGUGUUUGGAUGUAUCUGAAACACGCACAUCCGAUCCACCACGCCUUAUGAAAUGCCACGGCUCAGGAGGAUCUCAGCAGUGGCUACUUGGGAAAAACAAUCGGCUGUAUCAGGUGUCUGUUGGGCAGUGCAUGAAGGUGGUUGAUCCACUUAAUCUCAAAGGCUACGUCACCAUGGCCAUUUGCGAUGGCUCUUCCCUUCAGCAGUGGCGCUUGGAGAACUGAGUGCCGCCUCAAGGAAUGCCCACUUGCACAGGGACUCUUAGCUUAGUACACUAUUUUCUAAGGCUGGCAAUCCUUGCUGCUAUUUCUAACCCUGAACACUUACAGGAAAUUAUUUUAAUGGUUAAAAUCACAAUGGACGACAAUCUUCCAAGUGUGGAGCAGAAGCGGGUGCAUUUCUUGCCCCUUCUUUCUGCAGGAGUAGAAGUGCAAUGACAUUACUUGGAGUUCAACAGUAUAUGGAAAUACUCUGUGUCAUAAUUAGGACAAUGUAAUUUAAUUAGUGGAUGGAUCUAAUGAAGCGGGCCUAAAUGGUCUGUCAGAAACCUAUCGUGUUUUGCCAGUAUUUCUUGCAGAAUA